AUGGCCGGUCCUGCUGAAGUUGCACACGGGCCAAUUUUCAUCGGUCUUCUGCUCAAUGUCGCCCUCUUCGGGAUCAUGGUCACACAGGUGCACCUCUAUUUUUCGAAUUACAAAAAGGAUCGGACCUGGUUUAAACUAUAUGUCCUCUUAUUGUUUUUGUGCGAUACUGUCAAUUCCGUAUUCGAUUCCGUCUAUCUCUACGGAGCUCUCGUCAUUCAUUUCGGCGACGCGGGCUAUCUUGGCAAAGCCAAUUGGAUUUUUGCUACAGUAGAUCCUGCAUUGACUGCUAUCAUCGCAAUCCUCGUCCAAGGUUUCUUUGCGUGGAGAAUCCGAGUUCUCACCGGAAAGACAUGGCUUGUCUCCAUCGUACUCGUAUUUUCCGUCGCGAGCUUUGUCGGUGGUAUAGCCACGGCUUUCAAGGUUCGGACGUCCGCGUUUGUGAACUUCAGGGAUUUCAAGUGGGCAGUUAUAUUGUGGCUACUCAGCGGUUGCUGUGGGGAUAUCAUGAUCACGGUUAUUCUAGUGUGGCAUCUGGUAUGGCGUCGCCAUAAAACUGGCUUUCAAGCAUCGGAUGACAUUAUUGACCGGGUCAUCCGAGUUACUGUUCAAACAGGACUAGUGACAACCGUCUGUGCAAUAAUCGAUCUUUCUCUGUUUCUUUCUGAUCCAUCCGGAUUGCAUCUCAUCUUCAACUUCCCGCUAUCAAAGCUUUACACCAACUCCCUGAUGAGUACCUUAAACUCCCGUGGGUCGUGGAACCGGAAGGGAUCUCAGAUUCGACGUGUUGGGACUGGUGGAGUUGAGUCGAUUAACCCCGGCAUAGAUGAUACGUUCAAGUUGCAUGAGUAUGAUACCGCUUGCUCCCAAGUUUUCGUUCACGUCGAAUCACACGAGAUGCGAGAUAACGAGAUCCCGUUGACAAGACCUUCGAUGGCCCAUGUAAGCAUCACCGGGACAGAAACAACUCGGGCGGCUGACUCGGAGAAGGAAGUCCAGUCCGAGUUCAAUGUCCCUCAGAGUCGCAACGACUCAGGCAGGGAUAGGAUUGUGGACCUUCCGACCGCGAUGCUUGGGGUUAGAAGAAGUCGGAACACGGAUAACCUUCCGACGUUCCAUACUUACCAAUCCCAGCGAGGUGAUGGUGCUGUCUAG